AUGAAGCCGUCUACUUGUGCAACGGAUCAGUUCAGGUGUACUAACGGUGAUUGCAUCCAUAUUAGUCAAGUCUGUAACUUCAGGGAUGAUUGCAUUGACGCAUCUGAUGAGUAUUGUGAUUUUGGUCUUUGUUUACCUACAGAAUACCGAUGUAAUAGUGGGCAAUGUAUUUCUUCAAACCAGCGCUGUGAUGCUAUCAAACAGUGUAUAGACGGCUCAGAUGAAAUUGGCUGUGUCAGCUGCCAACAUGAUGUUGCUUUUCAUUGCGAUGUUGCAUUUUGCAUACAACGACGUUUAACAUGUGAUGGCUACGCUGAUUGCGAAGACGGAAGUGAUGAAGAGUUAUGUGAUGAAGUAAUAUAUACUUCCUGUAAAGAACUUUGGGAAGCUGGAUUCAGAAAGUCUGGAAAAUACGUCAUUGAACAUUAUGAUUGUCCAUUGAAUACAGUCCAUUGUCCGGGGAGUUUCUGUAUUGCAGUACGGUUUGUAUGUGACGGAGAACUGCAUUGUCCUGGAGGCGAAGACGAAGAAAACUGUGGAUGUGCAUCGUCAGAAAAUGAAAUAAUUAUAAUACACGAGGAAGGGAGUCCUAUCGGCCUAGACAUUAAUGCAUUUGCUAGACAGUUUAAGUCUCACACCAAUAUUAUUAGACUUUUAUCCUACAAAGCAUCUAAACCAUUGCUGUCAUAUGGAAUUAAACGUACUUUAUUGGAAGUACGUGAUAUAGAAAUCAAUCUAACAGUUAAAGUGAACUGUUCUAAUGCAUAUAAAUGCGCAUCAAGUAAAAUGUGUAUACCAAUGGAACAAGUAUGCGACGGUCACAUACAAUGUGUGCAUGGAGACGACGAAACUCUUUGUAGCUUUCAAUGUCCAGCAAACUGUACAUGUGCAGGUUUUUAUUCAAACUGCAGUGCGGUUGACUUCGAACUGACUUCAAUUCCUUCGAUUCCCCAGAACACACGUCACCUUGAUCUGAGCUACAACAAUAAUUUAAGCUUUGUAUUGCAGGAUGCUUGGCUAAAGACUAAACUGCUAUCAGUUUUGAAUAUAUCGCAUUGUGAUAUUGAAUCAAUAUCUCGACAUGCAUUUGACAACACAAGGAACCUUCGUUUGCUAGACUUAAGUUUCAACAAACUAUCAAGAAUCUCCGAGUUUGUUUUCGGAAGUUUGAAAAAACUUACUACACUUAUACUUCGAGGCAACGAUAAUAUCUCAGUCAUUGAAACAAAUGCAUUUGACGGUUUAUCGCAGGUCCAGACUCUAGAUUUUAAAAAUAUGAAACUGAAGAAAAUAUUGGCUGGUACAUUUGCUGGAUUAAAUUUAACAACAGUAGACUUGUCAAACAACCGACUGAUAGCGAUCGAAGAUUUUGCAUUCAGCGAUUCAAUUAUAGAAACUAUUAAUUUUGAAGGCAAUGACAUCCAACACUUUACUAAAGAAAUAUUCACUGGACUGAUAGGCUUAACAACACUAAGGACAUCAGCGUUCAAGUUUUGUUGCAUUCGGCCAAAUUAUGUUCGAGAGGAAAACUGCUACCCAUUAAGAGAUGAGUUUUCGUCAUGUGAAGACCUCAUGAGAAAUCCUGCGUUACAAUUUUUGCUAUGGCUGAUUGGAGUGACAGCUUUAAUUGGCAAUUUCUUGACGAUCGUUUAUAGGACCCAGUGCGACAAAAAAAGACUAAAACUGGGGUUUGGAAUAUUUACGACAAACCUUGCAAUAGCGGAUUUUCUCAUGGGUGUUUAUCUCAUAAUAAUUGCUAUAGCAGAUGCGGCUUUUAGGAAAAGGUACAUUUACGUUUCCGAUUAUUGGAAAAAUAGUGCAUGGUGCAAUUUAGCAGGAAUCCUGUCUACAAUGUCGUCUGAAGCUAGUGUAUUGUUUCUUUGUUUGAUAACAUUGGACAGAAUACUGAUUAUAAAAUAUCCAUUUGGAGAUGUCAGGAUCACAAAAGAGAAGGCAAUAGCAUGCACCGCAUUUACAUGGCUUUUCGCUGUAACUAUUGCCGUAUUUCCUGUUACGUACGAGCACUACUUCAAAAAUAUGUUUUACUCAAGAUCGGGGGUUUGCAUUGCGCUACCAUUAACAAGAGACCGCCCGCCUGGUUGGAUGUAUUCACUUACCUUAUUUGUCGGCUUGAAUUUCAUUACUUUUAUAAUGGUUGCAUUUGGGCAGCUGUCCAUUUUCUUUGGAAUGAAACAAUCAACCGGUAUCGCCACUACAGCUGAAGCUGCACGGAAGAGGGAUUUGAAAGUUGCAAGAAAUUUACUUUUAGUGGUUGCUACAGAUUUUUUGUGCUGGUUUCCUAUUGGAGUUAUGGGAAUAAUGGCCUUAUCUGGUUAUGUGAUUUCCGGUGACAUCUAUGCGUGGGCAGCUGUUUUCAUAUUGCCAAUCAAUUCAGCACUUAACCCGAUUCUUUAUACUUUAACUGCGAUUAUUGCGGACAAGAAGUUCCGGCCAAGUACAAAGGACCAGUCAGUAAAACAGAUCACAAAAGAGACUGGUGAGAGCGUGUUAACAUUCUAUACGAUAAGCUCACGAAUUACACAGACAGAACUCCCGGCAUCGAAAUACAGCACACAGGAAGAAGUAACAACUCCAGAUAUAGAUAUUCCUUUGUCUGCAGUUCUAACCAUUUCAGCACAACUUGCACAAGUUCUUCAUGCAUGCCAUUGUUGCUCUUUGGGAUUGAAACACUUUGAUAAGAAAUCGAUCUAUCUCAGACGUCGCAACAAACAAUUGACUGGAGCUGUCAAAAUAAAGGGGGAAAUGUUCAUUUCCUUCGAGCCAGAAGAUAAAGCCAACGAUAUUUACGAGUUGGGGAUGUUCCUGCGUGGUCUGAUUCAUAUUAAAAAGAAGAAGUGUUAGAACAUUUAUCAUAAAGUUGUAAACUCAAAAUGGUGUCUUCGUAACCCCCAAAUGUCGACGUAUAGUACAGGUUUUGAUGAUAGUGCUAUGCAUUUUGAGACGUCAGAGAGCAGUUUACAUCGGAAUUUUUUUUUGUCAUAAUAUUAUAUUCUAUUAUACAUAAUUUUAUAAAAAAAAAUUUUCUUCAUCGUAUUUGACACAUGUUACUUGCAUGCGGAUCUUUAAAUAUUAUAUGUCUGCACUUAUUAUGAAUGUGAUACCUAAGAUUUAUUAUGUAUUCAACAAUUUGCUUUGAUUUAAUUCAUAGUUCUAUUUCAACAUUAUUUUUGUCAAUUUACAUUAAACUGUUCUUAAAAUGUGUGUAUAUUAAUGUUACCGUACUUCAAAGAACACUUCCACGUUGAUGUACAGGUUUUUACUCAGUAAUUUAGAGACAUUUACACAGGCAAUGCAAUUUCCAAUUUCAGAUUUUUUCUUCUCCUGAGAGUCACACUUUUGAAAAAAAUUAUUAAUCUUAUUUACAUUUGGACAUCUGAAGUUUUUUUUUGUUCUUAACAAUAUCAUCUGAGACAUCAAAUGCAAUCGAAAUUGACAUCCGCUACAAAAUAAAAAUUAAAUUUAGCAUAGUACUUAAUUUAAUGCUGCUAUGAAAUAGACACAUUCUAGCUAGAAAAUAAAACGAUGGCAACAAGAUCUGUAGAUUUCAGUUUAAAUCUGGUUUCUUUCCAAAAUUUUGCAAUGGUAUAACAUACAGCUCCAAAUUUUUGAAAAUUGUGUUACCAUAAUGUUGCAGCAUUUCUAACUACACUUCUUACAUCUUAAUUUUUCCAUAUUUUUUUUUAAUAUUGUUUUUAAUUUUUUUGUUGUUUUUUAUUGUUGUUUUUUGUUUUUCUUUUUUAAUAGUAUUUUUGAACGUUAUUUGGCUUAUUUUUUACUUAAUUCAUACAAUGUGUGCUAGACUGUUUCGUGAUAAACUUAAAUUAGAUUUUAAUUUUGGUAUCUUUAAUUUUAUCAAUGUUGCUUGUAAGCUUUAUAAUUUGGGUGCGUUUAGCAUUUUGACAAUUGAUUUAUAAAGAUAAUAUUUUGAUGUAGCUUAGUACCAAACGAUCCUUAUAUAUUUUUGUUUAAAUUCAUUUGUAAAGUUUUCGAAACUAAACAAAGAAAUGCAUUCAUGACAACACUAAAGCAUUCUUUGAUUGGGUACUACCGUAUCAAAAUGUAUAUCACAUUGGAAUAUGUAAAUGGCAUAAAAUAUAUUACUCUACUGGUCUUUCUGUCAAUAUCACAUUAAACUGUUCUUAAAGUAUGUAUGUAUAUUAAUGUUACCGUACUUCAAAAUACAAGUUCAUGUUAAUGUACAGCUUUAUACUCAGCAAUUCUGAGAAAAUAUUCAUUUACAGGUAGUGCAAUAUCCAAUUUCAGAACUGUCCUUCUCUUGAGAGUCAGACUUUUGAAUAAUAUAUUAAUUUUGUUUACUUUUGGACAUCUGCAGUUUUGUGUGUUCUUAACAAUAUCAUCUGAAACACCAAAUGUAAUUAAAAUUGACCUCUGCAACAAAACAGAAAUUAAACGCCAUAGUACUUAGCUUAUUGUUGCCAUGAAGUAGACACAUUCUAGCUAGAUAAUAAAGCAAUGGUAACAAGAUCUGUAGAUUCUAGUUUAAAUUUGGUUUCUUCUUUAGUUAUGAUUAAACAUACAGUUCCAGAUUUCUAAAAUUUGUGUUACCUUUACGUUGCAGCAUUUCAAACCACACUUUUUACAUUUUUUUUGUCCGUUUAUUUUUUCAUCUUUUUUAAUUGUUUUGUUGUUGCUGUUUUUUUUAAUUGUAUUAUUGAAGGUUAUUUGGCUAAAUCUAUACUUACUUAAUACAAUGUGUGCUAGACUGUUUCAUGAUAAACUUCAAAUUAAAUAAAAUGUUGGUACCUUAAAUUGUAUCAAUGUUGCUUAAAAGCUUUUGAAUUUUGUUGUGUUUAGCAUUUUGACAAUAGAUUUUUUUUUUGUUUAACGUCGCGCCGACACAUUUUAGGUCAUAUGUCGACUUUCCAGCUUUGAUGGUGGAGGAAGACCUCAGGUGCCGCUCCGUGCAUUAUUUCAUCACGAGCGGGCACCUUGGACGCGUCUUUUUCGUACGCCAGUAUUUGGUUUUUAUAGUACACUGUCGUUUGUAACCCCGCUCGAAAAUGUUUGAGACAUUUAGCCAAAUAUACCAAAUUAUUCCAUCGCUUAAGACAAAAUCAGUACAAAAUCUCCUCUGGCAACAGCGACUGGAUCCAGAAAUGACGUCAUCAAUAUGGGCACCGACUAUGAAAAUAAUACUGCUAAAUAAUGUCUGAAGAAAUCAAUAGAAAGAGUUAUAAUAUCAGAGACCUUACCAUGAAACAAGCUAAUUCGGCAAUAUCAAUUCUUAUAUUUACAAUUUUAAAUCAUACAAAUGUACAGAACCCAUUUUAAUAGUUUUAUGUGAGCCCCGUCCAAAUAUCUUACAUUUUUUACAUUCGCUAUUACCUCUUGAUAUUGUUUUAGAAUAAGCGAAUACAAUUUACCGAAAUCUGCUUUAAAUCAGUAUCCAGAAUGAAAGAAAUAUGAUGAAAAUCCAAAACAAAUCAUUAUUUGUCCAUGCAAAUUGUGUGUAUAAUUAUUUACUAUUGAACAUCUUCAGUUUUGUGUGUUCCUUAUGAUAGCAGCUUACACGCCAGUGUAAUAUGAAAUUGACCUCUGAAACGAAUCAAAUAAAAACAAAAAUCGAUUUGCCAUAGUACAUUUUUAAUGAUGCCUGUAUUUGGUUUUAUUUCCUACAACUAUGCAAUGGUAAAACAUACGGUUCAAGUUUUCUGAAAAUUAAUUUACCAUAAUGUUAUAGCAUUUCAAACUACACAUUUUACACUUUAAUUUUUUUACAUGUUUCUGUUGUUGUUUGUUUGGACUAUUUUGUUUUGUUUUAGAAGUGUAUUUUUUAAAUUAUUUGGAUUAAUCUUGUGAGACAUACAAUGUGUGUUAGACUGUAUCAGGAUAACUUUAAAUAGAUUAAAAGUAAAUUUUAGUAACUUUGAUUUUAUCAGUGUUGCUUAAAAAUAUUUGCAAUUUAGUUUGUUUAGCAUUUUGACAAUACAUUUAUAAAGAUAAAAACAUUAUGAUGUUGUUUAAUAACAUUCGAAUUUUACAUACUUUUGUUUAGACUCAUUUUUAACGUUAUGUAAAAAAGAAAUAUACAGUACAUUCAUGACAACACUAAGGUAUUCUUUGAUUUGGUAUGACUAUAUCAAAAUGAAUAUCACUCUGGAGUUUGUAAUGCAAAACGAGCUUGACAGUUUAAAGUUUAAAAAUAUUGGGACAACCUAGGCUAGAAAAAAAUGAUAUUGCAUAGAAAGUUAUGCGAAUGAUUGUUUCUGUUGAAUGCAUAGUUAUGGAAUUUAUUCAAAUUCAAAAUGUGAUAUUUUCGCAUUGUUCUGCAUUUUCUACUUGACAGUAAAACUCUGAAAUAAGUUAUUUCUAUUUUCUAGUGUUACGUGUUGUUAAUAAAAAUCACAAAAUCUA